UCUACAUCCUUCUUCCCCGCUCGCAACCAUCCACUCACUACCACCCCGAAUCAAUGGGAGCCGUUACCGCUUGCCUCGCCUGUCGCUCACUCAAGUCGAAAUGCUUGAGGGCCAAUGUCGAUGAGACCUGCAGGAGAUGCUCCAGGCUCGGCGUCGCCUGUGAGAGCAUCCCCCGAAGACUGGGCCGCAAAUUGGGAUCCAAAAACGUCCCGAAAGAUGGCGAUGGCAAGGACAAACGCUCACGCUCGCAUGACGACCGAUCUUCAUCCGAAGCUUCUUCCUACCGCCCAAGAAAAGAACGUCGCCUGUCCCACUGGCAGCGCGAAGAGUCUCCCGCCGAAGAUGGUUCCCCAGCGCCCGAAUCGCCCAAGUCUGACGACCGGCCCCCAUCGCCAUUUAGCAACAUGCUCAACAUCCUCUCCCGAGUGGCGAAUGAUAUGCCCAGAGAUAGCAAGCCUCUAGGCGCAGGUGAAAGUCCAAGCCUGCCGUUUGAUCGAGAAAGGUUUCUGGACUUGUACAGACAAGCCUCGGGCACGUUGGACCCUGACCCUUUCAUGGGUAUGGCUGUGCUGGAGCAAGGGCUCGACCAGCUGUUCGGAGGGCAAGAACAGGAUACGGAUAUCGAACAAGGGGAGGAAGGGAUCUAUGCGAGGAUCGACCAGCCCAGAAGAGACCUCGAGCCGCAUUUGGAUCCUGUCACCAACGGCCUUAUCACCGAGAGAGAAGCAAGAGACUUGUUGUCUGUCUACUGGUCGAGAUGCCAUCCCAUCACACGCAUCCUUGAUCCCGAAAUCCACACAAUGGACUACAUGCGCGCUACCUCGUGCGGUCUCUUUACCUCGGUCCUCCAAGUCGCCGCGCAGUGUUUGCCCGUGUCACAACACUCGGCUGGGAUCGUAGCGAAGCUUGAUAACCAUAUUGACACCCUCUACCAAAUCAUGUCCAGAAAAGGCAUGCAGUCGCUGGAGCUCUGUCAAUCGAUGCUGAUACACAACGCCUACAUCCGAGCAAAUAAGCAGCACCAGACUUGGCCCAACGUAUCCAUGUCAAUCGGCAUGGCCCUCGAAACUCGUCUCGAAAUCAACACUCUUCCCGCUUACAUGCUUGACGACCCCAUCUAUGCCCACAUAUCUCCUGAGAGGAAGAGGAGGAAUAUACAGAGAUUCUGGCUGGUCUUGACAGACUCUGACAGAAAGACGAGUUUCAUCAGAGGCCGACGACCGUUGUUGAGAGACAAUGUGAUCCCCUCCAUGCUCAAUCUCGAAAAGUGGUACCAAGAAGCAGAUGCUCUGCCUUGCGACGUCGUCAGCUGCUCCUCCUACGCUUUUCAAAACUCUGUGGCUACCUUACAACGCAAUAUACAACGCACCAUGGUCUCGCAGUCGGCAUUCACGUUCGAGAUGCACAUGAAGCGAGUGGACGAUACGCUGAAUGAAUGGCGCAAGACUUGGUACAACCGUCUCUCAAGAGAUGACCAGAUGCGAGCGGAACAUGACCUUCGUGCUACCCGUUUCGCCCUGCUCAUGACGCCUUACGAACACCGUCUCAACACGGGCGAGAUGAAGGAGAUUGAGCACGACGAGUGCCUCGUCGCGGGCCUCGACCUGUGUAAAGAUGCCAUCCCCUUUCUCGGCGGCGCAGUACAAAACAUCACCCCUGGCAGGCUGUACCUCAUCGGCUACGUCUCACUCUGUACCCUGCGCAUCAUGGACGCCACCUCCAAGAACGAGGGCGGCCAUACACCCGAUAUCAGCGUAUUUCACCUCUCCAUUCUCUCUGCCCUUUCCUCCCGCCUGCGGGAGAUUAAGGCGCAUCCCAACAUUGCUGUGAUUGGCUCAGUACUCGGCCGCAGACUGUUGUGUGCGUGCAGAAAGGUGGCAGCGAGCACACUGGGUGUGGCGAUGGACAUGCCAACGCCCAUACCGGAGGACGCCCUCAAUCUCUUGGGACAGGAUAUGCCUGGACCUGGGGCGACGGAUCUUUCAGGGAUCGUGAGGGGCGAUGUGCCCGAGUCGCUUGGAGGUAUCGGGUCUCUGGGACCAUUGGAUCUGGCGUUUAGUUUCGACUUUACGCAUCUGGGUGAUAUAAAUCCCUUCUUGGAGAAUGAUUUCAACGACUUUUCGUCGAUCCCUUUCGUACCAUUGCCUCCGGCGUACUAGGACACGUCUGCUGUCUGUUUUCUUGGGUCUUAGGGGUAAUUUUGUAACAAAAGAUUGUUGUUUAUCAUUGUUGUACAAAAUACGGAGAAUGAAUGAUCAAAAGAAAUU